ACGCUCUCUUCGCUCUUUUCCCUCUCUCUUGCUCCCUCCAGCCCCUCUCCCAAAUCUCUCGAUUACUAUGUAGUCUCCGGCCAUGGUUUGAGCUCUACAUACAUCUUCUUGCCGUUUAUUCCCCAAUUGCCGCCCUCCACCUUGCUCUUUUUCUUGUCCUGCGUCACCUUUUCCCGUCUGCACGAGUCGCUCGAGAACCCCAGCUCUCUGCGACAGCUCGCCUACGGGCAGCUUUCGCUACGCCGCACCUUCUGUUCAGUUUCAUCUGGGAUUGAAGGCUCCUUCCAUUUUCCCUUGACGGUUUUUCUUUUCAGCAACCUCAACCCUUUUGGUCUCAUUUUGCUGCGGUGGACUAGUCCUCCGCCACAAUGAGCCCCCGACGGUCUUCUCGUGCUCGUACCUCCCAACCUUCGCCGGCAAUCCAUCACACAAAUUCUUCCAGCUCCUCGAAUUCACACUCCAUGACGCGAGAACGAAGCACGAGAUCAAACCACAAGAACCCCUCUCCACGCUCCCAGUCCGAUGACGACGCAGACAAGGGCGAUUUUCGCGAGACGCGCCAACGCCAACGCGCGAGAGGCGACGACGAAAACGACCUACAAUCAAAACAGGGCGAUGGAGAGGACGACGAUGUAGAAGAAGAGGAUGAAGAAGAGGUUACUCGCUGCCUCUGUGGACAACAGGAUUACCCAGGCCUUCCCGCCUCUCGUCGGGAGGCCCUCGGUCGCAAUGGCGCGCGGGGUGGAAUCAAAGAUGAGAAUUCUCUAAAUUUCUCUGUGGACUCGUCCGACUUUAUCCCGGAUGAUGUCGGUAGCAUGUUUAUCCAAUGUGACUCCUGCAAAGUCUGGCAACAUGGUGGUUGUGUAGGGAUCAUGGACGAGGCCAUGAGCCCUGAUGAGUAUUUCUGUGAAGAGUGUCGAAAAGACCUACACAGGAUCAGAAGCGAGGCAAAUGGAUCACACUCUUCUCAGUACCUUCCCGUCGCCCCUCUUCCCCCCUCUGCGGUGUCAUCCCGAGAUUCUUCACGAGAUAAUUCAAAGCGUGGAAAGGAUCAGAAAUCACGAAAUUCAGACUCUUUCCCCAACCCGAAGCGUCGAUCUACCAUGAACAGUCGAGACGCGGCUUAUGACGAGGAGGAGCAGUUACGACGGGCCAUAGAAGAAAGCAAGGAAGAUAACAAAACUACCGAUGGGGAGGAAAGCGCUAGCCGGAGGCCCAAAAGAAGCCGAAGCGAUAGUGAAGCACACCGGCAGGGAGCAAAACGACAGCGGACCAGCUCACCUUCUCCUGAUGUCAAUUCAAAACAAAGCAAUCCAGCCUCGCCGGCUGCAUCGGACGACGAGUCGAAAUCGAAAACAAAUGCCAAUGGCAACAGGAGGCAGAGAGCUUCAUCGCGGGGCCAACGUGACAAGGACGUGAAGGAGACUGACGAUCAGGAAGCCGAUCAGGCAGAGGCUGCAAGUCGGAGGAAAGGACGAAGCGAUAGGCGGAAAGGCGAAGGAGCCGAUUCGGAUCAUGAUAUAGUAGCGUCACCGAUCAAAGCGACUGUGAAUGAAUCCGAGCUUCCUCAACCGAGCCCUGACACCUCCGUCCCCGCUCCAGAUUCUGCUCCCCAGCGGCCGUCCACUCGUAAAUCCGGAAGGCCACCUGCGCGGCGCGGCCGCGUGGGACGCAAUCAGUACACUCGGGACCGAGAUUUGAACGGGACCGGAACGGACUCGAACACAGGCAAUUCUCCGCGUCGUGGGCAGUCACUUGAAACGGCCGCAGACUCUCCGCGAAUCGGUAUUAUCGGCACCCCGGUAAAUGGCGCGGACACUGGGAAGCCUAGUCGGCCUCGCUUUGUCCACCAACGGACAACGAUGAAUGAAAUGAAAAGACGUGUAGCAGCUAUCUUGGAAUUCAUAUCACGGAUGCAAGUCGAAAUGGCUGUCGCAGGUGAAAGUACAACUCCGCCUGAACGAGCCAACGGAACGGACCAGCAAACAAUCGGCGAUCAGCUGGAAAGCAUCCUUUCGAAAGGUGCAGAUGAAGGGUCCACAGAUAAUGCUGAUGGGGGCGCAAUACUUGGCGGUAUUCCACUGCCAUCAGAAAAGGACUUCAGGGUCUUGAGCAGUGUCGAAAUGAUGGAUGUGCUCACCCGCCAUCUACUCAAAUGGCAGCAGGAAUACGGCAAGUUUGGAGAGAGGUGACGAGUCCUCGCCCUGUCAAUAAAUUCCCAAACCCACAGCUGUCUUACAAUAACCUGCCCCGCUGCCUUGAACGAAGUCAUCCUGUCAUCCAUACCUACGAUACCCUACCUUACUUACUGCCUAUAUUGCUCGACUCACAGGGCAAAAAAUGUAUAAUAUGGCUUUACGUUGCUUCCAGGACAACAUAUACUACACGGAACAUCAGAUUCGGCGUUUUUAUUUCUACUCUUUUUUU